AUGUACUUCAAAUGGCUGUUUGUUUUAACAUGCAUACAUUACAUAACAUGUUUAGAUCAAUAUUCACUUCCGGAAUUGCCUCCGGGCGAAGCACCGGAACCGAUCGUAUCUUUUAUGGAAAGAGCAUAUCGGCCUGGACGAGCUCGAUCAAGCUAUGAUGGUGGAGAACCUCUUCUCCUCACACCGCUAAUUGAAGGAAAUAAGCUAGAGGAAGCAAGAAAAGCGGCAUAUGUAGACCCUGAAUAUUUGCUACCCGGCAUGACGAGCUACGCGGGAUAUUUAACUGUAAACAAAGAAUACAAUGCAAAUCUUUGGUUCUGGUACUUCCCCGUGGCAGAGAAGUCAGUGGAAGAAACUCCUUGGAUAAUUUGGCUUCAGGGCGGGCCCGGAGCUUCAUCAUUAUACGGCCUUUUUACUGAAAUAGGUCCUUUUGUUGUUACAGAAAACCAAUUAGAAGAAAUAAAGUACUCUUGGGGCAAGAACCAUUCUCUUCUCUUCAUCGAUAAUCCUGUGGGAACUGGUUUUAGUUUCACUGACGAUGACCGCGGCUUCACAACUAAUCAAACUACGAUUGGUGAAAACCUAUAUACAGCGCUACAACAAUUCUUGACACUGUUUCCGGAACUGCGCAAAGCUCCACUUACGAUCGCGGGAGAGUCAUAUGCUGGAAAGCACAUACCGUCACUUGGUGUACAAAUACUUUGGAACAAAUAUAACGACGAACCUAUCAACUUACAGGGGCUAGCCAUUGGUAAUGGCUUUAUCGACCCUCUAACCCUGCAAAGGUACAGCUAUUUUGUUCGAGAAACUGGACUAGUGGACAAUAAAGUAGCUAACUUCAUGUUACAAAUAGAAACUGCUGUGGUGCAGUUCAUUAAUUCAGGAGAAAUGCUAAAGGCAUACGCGUAUUACAACUAUCUCCUACAACUAUUCCUUUCUGAAUCUAAACUGAAAAAUCUUUACAAUUAUUUGGAAGACGACAUCAGUCUAGACGGUGCUUAUCUCGACUUCAUUCAAAGAGACGACAUAAGACGUGCUUUGCACGUUGGAAGCACUAACUUCACGUCUAUUGGAGUAGUAUACCGGAAGCUUGUGCCUGAUUUUAUGGCUAGUGCUAAGCCCUGGCUUGAAGAGUUGCUUGAGAACUACAGAGUGAUGCUUUACAAUGGCCAUCUGGAUAUUAUUGUGGCGUACCAUCCAUCUGUUAACACUUACGAGAAUCUCUCAUUUUCUGGCACUACCGAAUAUAAGACUGCUAAACGCAGAACAUGGUACCAUGAUGGAAAUCUAGUGGGGUAUUAUAAAACGGCUGGCAAUCUAACAGAAGUGAUGAUUCGUGGCGCCGGACACAUGGUGCCUGCGGACAAACCUGCAGCAUCCCUUGGUCUCAUCUCUGCCUUCGCUCGCGGCAUCUCCCUCGAAAAAGACACCGGAGUGCUAGUGGACGUAGAAAAAAAUUUGAGGUUUCGUCAGCUGCCUUGCGACUGCGAAGGGAUAGCUUAUUGUGAAUUGUUGAAAAACCGGGUGAAUUUCCCGGUAUUACUUUGUGAUUUAGGCACAAAAUUACAACACACCAUGUCUCUUUUCUUGUAUGUGGUUUGCGCAUUACUGCUGUUGACACCCAUAAGAGCCUUUUAUUUACCUGGAUUAGCCCCCGUAAAUUAUUGUAAAGCUGGCGAAGACUUAAAAAAACCAUGUAAAAAUGAAAUACCUCUUUAUGUAAACAGACUAAAUACAGAAGAAUCAGUCAUACCUUUUGAGUAUCACCAUUUUGACUUUUGCUUUUCUGAUGAAACCCAAUCACCUGUUGAGAAUCUUGGUCAAGUAGUCUUUGGAGAGAGAAUCCGGCCAAGUCCAUACAAAUUGUACUUCCUACAAGAUGAAAGUUGUAAGGCUGUAUGCCCUAAAGUUUACAAAGGAUCAGAUCCUGAGUCAAUAAAGAAAUUAAACCUUUUAAAAAUGGGAAUGGCUCUUUAUUAUCAACACCAUUGGAUUCUCGACAACAUGCCAGUUACAUGGUGUUAUCUGGUCAAUGAAGGUGGCAAAACAUACUGCAGUACUGGAUUCCCUAUGGGAUGUCAAGUUAGAAAAGAUUUGGAUACUUGUACACCAAUAGUGAAUACACAAUCAAGUCCACUUGGCACAUACUACCUGUUCAACCAUGUUGAUUUGGAAAUUACAUACCACAGUGGUCGUGAAGAAGAGUGGGGUGUUGCUUUAGGUGAUAAUGGUGGUCGUAUUAUAUCUGCUAAGGUGAAACCAGCUAGCAUCAACCAUCGUAACGUCAAUAGCCUUGACUGUAAUGCACGUAACAAUCCCCUAGAAAUACCUAACACACUCAGCGGAGAUGAGACCUUUAACAUUAUAUACACAUAUAGAGUGACAUACAUUAAAAACAACACCAUUAAAUGGUCGUCAAGAUGGGACUAUAUCCUGGAAUCUAUGCCGCAAACGAAUAUCCAGUGGUUUUCAAUAUUGAAUUCACUUGUGAUAGUAUUGUUCCUAAGUGGCAUGGUAGCAAUGAUCCUGUUGAGGACCCUUCACAAAGAUAUCGCGAGAUAUAACCAGAUGGAAUGCGGAGAGGAUGCUCAGGAGGAGUUUGGUUGGAAACUUGUUCAUGGAGACGUAUUCAGACCGCCACGUCGCGGCAUGUUACUUGCAGUUUUCCUCGGCUCGGGAUCACAGGUGUUCGGCAUGACCCUAGUAACACUGGCGUUCGCGUGCCUGGGCUUCCUGUCACCGGCCAACCGCGGGGCUCUGAUGACGUGCGCGCUGGUGGCGUGGGUGCUGCUCGGCGCCGCCGCCGGAUAUGUCAGCGCUAGAGUGUAUAAGAGCUUCGGUGGACGACGAUGGAAAAGUAAUAUACUGCUCACCUCUAUGGUUUGCCCGGGUGUGGUGUUCUCACUGUUCUUCAUAAUGAACCUGGUGUUGUGGGGCAAGGGCUCAUCUGCAUCGGUGCCUUUCUCCACUCUGGUCGCACUCCUGGCACUCUGGUUCGGUGUAUCUGUGCCUUUAACCUUCAUCGGAGCUUACUUUGGCUUUAGGAAACGGAUCCUGGAGCACCCGGUUCGUACAAACCAGAUUCCCCGCCAGAUCCCAGAGCAGUCGCUGUACACGCAGCCUGUACCCGGCAUCGUUAUGGGCGGAGUGCUGCCAUUCGGAUGCAUCUUCAUACAGCUGUUCUUUAUUCUCAACUCGCUAUGGUCCAGUCAGAUGUACUACAUGUUCGGUUUCCUGUUCCUCGUGUUUGUGAUACUUGUGAUCACAUGCUCGGAGACCACUAUAUUGCUGUGCUACUUCCACCUGUGCGCUGAGGACUACCACUGGUGGUGGCGUGCCUUCCUUAGCUCCGGAUCUACUGCAGGAUACCUCUUCAUAUACUGCUGCCACUACUUCGUCACCAAACUGAAUAUUGAUGAUGCUGCUUCGACUUUCCUAUACUUCGGUUACACAUUCAUUAUGGUAUUCUUAUUCUUCUUAUUGACUGGAACCAUUGGCUUCAUGGCCUGCUUCUGGUUUGUAAGGAAGAUAUACAGUGUCGUCAAGGUCGAU